GAAGCUCCAUUCUCUGUACUGUGCAACGGGCAUGCACGUCGACCGGAGAGCCUGCGCGUCGUGGACUGAAACGGUUCAGCGUGUUGACACUAUGAGCCAGGCCAGCACGAAGAGCAAGGCUUCUGCGGGCAGAACGGAAAGAGAAAGAGUGAACGAAGGACGAGCGUGGAGAGUCGUCACGAGGAGGGCCAAAAAGAACAUCGUGAGGAUUAAAGGGGUUCAUUGCGAGUUUGACCAGAAGAGCAAGCAACCUGGAAGCACUUCUCUCGUCGAUGGAGGCUUUUGGGACAAUAAGGGGACGUCGAACGAGGUGCUCUCCGGAUCUUGAAAAUAGGAACACUUUUUUAUGGCCAAUAGUUGUGGGGCCUACGGAUUGGAUGAACAGAAUUGGGACACCCGGUAUGGAAAAACGUUAGCGCUAGCUGAAUCGAAAUGCUUUCGAUGGUGACCGAGAGAAGGAAAACGUUGAUGGUUACGAUCGAAGCUAUGCUGAUGAUAAUGAGGACCGACAACGAUUCAUGUGGUAUUUUGCAACGAAGCUUUUCAUCCGAGCGCAUCUAUCAGAAGGGCCGUCCUCAGCUAUAAAAUGUGAUAUUAAAGUGUGAACGAAGAGCGUGUGUAAGAAAGAGAUGAGCAACAGGAAAAUGUAGUACGAGUGGGUCCAAGCACAUGAAUAUUCAUAUCGUGCAGCUUUUCAAUUUCGCGCGAAUACUUUCGUUGUCACCCUUUUAGUACUUUUAUGGCUCGUAAAGGUCGUCACUGAAGCAUCGCCGGUAUCUGACCCAGGAUUAGCGGCCAUUGCUAUGCCUUCAUGGACACUCUCGUAUGCCAACGCUUCUUUGAGAGAAUGAAGAAGAAAAAGAGAAUUGAAAAGAGGCUGAGAGCAUGCAGGCGACUUCCCAAACUGGUGGUCAAAUCUGCUUUUGCACGCUUGCACCAACGCAUACGAAUAUACGGCUCAUUUAUUUUACGUGCAUUCUCCGCGUCCCGUUGAUAGACACUUUACUUUGUAUCCUCAUAAAAGCUACAAAAUUAUCGUCCCUAACGAAGGGAUGCGGAGCUCAAUCGGUGCGGAAGACUGAGCCUCGCCGGUAAGAGGCACUUCAACGGUUAACGCGACGAAAAUAUUGUUUCAUUAAGAAAUCA